CACUGAUCAGCUGACAACUAAGUGACCGGUCCAGUGAGAUCCCUGGAGCACCCCUCAAGACAUCGUCCACCCUCAGGACACCCGCUACACUCCCACUGGUCAGUCUGUCUCACAACCGGCGGAACAGGAUCCAGCACCAGGCGCCCCCCUCGUCCUCUUUGAUCAACGGCAGAUCGUUGUAAUGGUCUGGGAAGAAACAAACUCAAAGUGAAAACGAACCAUCCUCAUACCGGUAGCCGGCACUCGAGUGUGAAGACUUGAAAAUCGUAAACCCUGGUUAUUCCUUGAUCUCGACAAAAUUCUACAAUCUAUUUGAUCGGACACUUACCGCAUUUUUUGGGGAAAUUAUUAUGGAUGCCUAUUUCCUCAGACAAGUUUUGUACGUAUUUGUAUAAAAUUCGUUUCAAAAGAAAAUUCGCCAAGUUAUUGGACAGCUCUUAAAAGGUGAAAGGUCAAGCUGCUGUCACGAUGUUCAACGUAGCCGACACGAUCAACGGGUACAAGUUCCACCCGGACAAUGCGUCCAUUUCGCGUGGGUUCCAGUACAGUUCGGUCUCUUACACGGCUCUGUACCCCUGGAGGCAAGGGCUGACCAAUGGUCACUCCAGCAGUUCCCUGCGUCUGUGUGCUUGCCUUCCUGGUCGUCAGUCUCUUGCUGCCAAGUGCGCUUGCUUGUUUCGGUCGUCCUGGAGAAAACUGCGGACGAUGGAGCGUACCAAGCUGCUGAGUCUUGUGGGGUUGGUGUUUCAAUCCUCUCUGCUGGCCAUCACCACUCGCUACUCUAGAGUGGACAAGCCGGAGGGUCACAGUCGGAGUUUCUUGUCCCAGCUGUCCUCGGCCUUACACCAUCGCGACCUGCUCAAGUCGUGUCUUCCCGCGCUCCUCUACACUGUACAGAACAACCUUCAGUUUGUGGCUGUGACCUACAUAGACGCCGCAACAUUCCAGGUGACAUACCAACUGAAAAUACUGACCACAGCGCUGUUCUCUGUGCUGGUGUUGAGGAAACGGCUGGACGGCAUCCACUGGUCAGCGCUAGUCUUACUCACGUUUGGUGUGGUCAUGGUGCAGGCUGCCCUUGGUCUCCUCAUCUCCCUGGUGAUGAAACACGCUGACAACCUCAUCAAAGGCUUCGCUUCCUCCAUCGCAAUCAUUGUCACAACAGUUAUCUCUGGUCUGGUUCUUGAGGACUUACAAGUGUCUUGCUCAUUCCUGCUGGGCACUGUGGUUGUCCUAGCCUCAGUGCUUCUGUACAAUGUGGACAGGACUGGGGAGUUCAGCAAGCCAGAGGAGUCAGUCAUAUGAUGAUGGUUGACAGUCGGUUUUGGGUCAGGAAACAAGUCGUUCUUUUCAUGUGAACACUAACUGGUACCAUGAUAUGAUGAUGAAACAGUCAGUUUUUGUCAUGUGUACCCUGUCAGUUGCCAUGACAAUGACACAUUCAGUUAUUGUUGUGUGUGCAUUGUCAAAUCUACGGUGGUAGGCGCUGUUGUUGUCGUGCGUACACAGUCAGUUGGUUAUAUGAUGACCGCGUGCAGCUCAGAUAUGUGAUUUACAAAGCUUGACCAUUGGCUGUAAUAUAUCUAGUCUGACUCAGGGAUCUGUCUUUCAUUUUGCCCGAGGAACAUUUGUCUCAAUGACAGACAGAGGGAGGGAGAGAGAGAGAGAGAGGGAGAGAGAGAGAGA